UUUGUGUAAAAAUAGCGAUUUAGAAAACAUUAUCUGCAGUAUUGAAUGAUUUUUGUCACUAAUUUUAGGCCUGUUAACUUGCACAGAUUCGCCAGUUUUCGUUCAAAGCCAUGACCUCAGAGGUUAAAAGUUGUUUUGAAUGUAGGGCAUUAAUAUAUAUUUCUAUUAGCACAACACACAUAUGCUGUGGACCAAAGUCCGCGAAAACAAAAAGUCCAAAUUGAAGUUCGUUUAGUUGGAGUACUAUAGGAGAGCAGAUUAUACUAGUGUAGUACUUGAACUCGAGCAACCAGCUGGUGUCGUCGCAGGAAACACGUUAAUCUUGUAUAGCAACGAUGAGUUCCCCGUCCAACGUACUGCUUAAGAAAGCCAAAGAGUGGUGCUGUGAUCCGGACAGUCUUGCAUUCGCCGAGAAGUUGGAUCAACAUGACAAACUGGCAAACUUUCGUGACAAGUUUAUUAUUCCGAAAAAAGUGGACCUUCCUUACAUAGAUCAAAGUCUCAUCACAAAUCUUGAAGAAGAAAGUAUUUAUUUGUGUGGCCACUCGCUAGGCCUACAACCAAAGAAGGCCAGUUCGUACGUGCAGCAAGUGUUAGAAAACUGGGGUAAAAGAGGGGCUCAUUCCCACACUCACGGGUUCCUCCCAGCGGCGUACUGUGACCUCCCACCGAAAGAACCCAUGGCCAGAUUGGUUGGUGCCAAACCAGAAGAAAUAGCCGUCAUGAACGGAUUGAGUGUUAAUCUACAUAUCUUAUUGACAUCGUUUUAUAAACCGACCCCUGACAGACAUAAGAUCGUUAUCGAAGAAUAUGCAUUUCCUUCAGACAUGUAUGCUGUGAAGUCGCAAAUUUCGUUGCACAAAUACUCUGUUGACGAGAGUUUAAUUACUGUCCACCCAAGAGAAGGUGAGAAUCUUCUAAAACAAGAGGACAUCCUCUCCGUCAUCGAGGAUCAUGGUGAAUCUAUUGCUCUUAUCCUGCUACCAGGAAUCCAGUAUUAUACAGGACAGUUAAUUGACACCGAGAACCUAGUCCGUGCUGGCCAUCAGAAGGGUUGCCUAGUUGCUGUUGAUUUGGCCCACGCUGUAGGGAACGUUCGGUUGGAACUUCACAGAUGGGGAGUAGAUUUUGCCAUGUGGUGUACUUACAAGGUAAGGUUACUUGUUGUUUUACCACUGAUCUCAAUGUUAUUAGAUUAUGUGCAUAAAAAAUAUUCAUACAUUCAAAUCUUAAAUACGGGGAUAUUCUUUGUACUUAAUGACAUUGGGGAACAAAGGAAUAAGUAUCAACUUGGGGUACCAGGACUACACGAAGAGAAACCUGCAACAAGCACCACAGCCGUGGUAAGCAAAGAGCAAAUGUCUUGUAAGAACACAAAGGCCAGUGGCAACAUAAUGAAGACGGAACUCCGUCCAAACGAUGCUAACCAGGAAUUUGAUCCUUGUGAUGGAGCAGACAUGUUUAAACUGAGCAAUCCUCCACCAUUACUGAGCGCAACACUCAUGGCCAGCUUAGAGAUUUUUGAGCAAGUCGGCAUGGAAGAAAUUGUUGCCAAGCAGUUCCUUCUCACUGGCUACCUGGAGUACCUAAUCGAUAAGCGAUUUAUUCAAGAAUGUUCGGAAACAUCUCCUCGUAUGAAAAUUGUAACUUCACGUGAUGCGCGCGAGAGGGGUAAUCAGUUAAGCCUAACGUUUGAUAUCCCUUUAGAUGUCAUACAAAAGGAAUUUCAACGAAGAGGAGUAGUGUGUGACGUCCGUUUGCCUUCUGUUAUCCGAGUGGCCCCUGUUCCACUGUACAACAGUUUCGCAGACGUUUUUAGGUUUGUCAACAUCCUGAAAGAUGCUUUAGAAGACCCUGUUGUUUCCAAGAAUAUCAGCCCUAAUAGUGGCGUUGAGAAUGAUGGCAGAGAUCUCGAAUGAUAUUCACCACUAGGCCUACCGUGUUGCCAUGUUUUAUAGUUUCCUGGUGGUGGUUCUCGAUAUUAGUAUACAAUAUAUAUAUAUAUAUAUAUAUAUCUGAUCGCAACACGUCGUUAUCUUUACGAGUUGAUCAUUAACUUGUUAUUAAUGUGUUUGGCCAAUUAUCACAUAUUGCCAGCAUCAUUUUCAAACAAUCCUUGUUUUGAAUGAGUGAAACCUUCGAGGUUACAACAUUAACAGUUUCAUGUAGAUCAGAUGAGGUGAGUUAACAAAGAUGACAGAAACGUCGCCACUAGUUAGUUAUAUCUUUUAACGUUAUUUAAUGGAAUAUUUUCUUAAAUUAUCGGUGUAAUAGAUGGGCGUGUGUGAAUUUAAUAUUCAUACAUAAGGUUUUUUGUAUUAUACCACCUCAAUAUUUAUAAAAUUAAAAGUAGCGUUUGAUGCCUACUUACCAGAU